AUAUCACCCUUCAAAUUAUUGUUUUUGUGCUAGGAUGUCGAUUCAUUGGGGCAAGGUCAUCUGGCGAUGAUAUUUGUUCAUUCGCAAAAGGAUAUAACAAAGGGAAACGAUACGUGAUCCCGCGCUCCAGCCUACUGGCUAAGAUCAUGGGAAUCACCUCCCAUGAGGUGCGUGGGGGUUGCGUCUUUGAGUCCAUAGAUCUCAUUUUCGGCACACACCACCACACACCUCCGGUUUACCCAAUAAAAUACAGUGGGUGCCAGGAUUCUAUUAUCCGUCUUCUCCGUCACAACAUGUUGAUACCUAUUUCUCAUAAAAUCUCCUUCCAGUGAUGUAAUCCAUUGGCUGAAAUCUCUUCAUAAUCAAUUCAAAAGUGGUGAAAUCGCUACGUAUUGUUUGUUCCUUUAACUAAAAUCCCUGGGCUGGGUUUGUUCUAUUGGAAAGAAUCACUGCAGCAAGGAAUCUACUGUUAAAAAUGUUCACUCUGAGGUUUGGAGUGUAAUAUGUUCUGGGUUCAAUUUUCCAUUUAAAUGGAUAUUCCCGCUACUUUUCUGAAAAUUUUAUGUUUAUCGGGUGCUCCGAAGAUGAUGAUUGUUGGCGGCAUCGGACCGGUGUUCAGCAUUUUUUCUAGUUGAGUGAAAUGUCGGCCGAAAUUCUUUAUACAUGUGAAAUUAUUCACAGAUGUGAAAUUGAAUGCUUACCUGAGAAACCCAGCAGUCACCAAAGUGGAAGAAGAUUGAGAAGCUCAUCGACGAAUUUUGAGGGUGUUUGUUCUUACAAGAAUCAACCAUGAAUGGCAGCAGGAUUAAGUUUUUCCUCAGCUAAUUCCAAGUCGUGGGAUAUUUAUUUUUUAGUCAAUGUGUAAUGGAGGGUGACAGACCGUGAUGUGCACAAAUCAUCAUCCACAAAGCUAUAACAAAACAUAAGAGAAAUUGGUGUGCUUUUUCAUCCUGUCUCAUCUGAGUUCCUUUUUGCAUCUAUGGUGAUCGCAUCCUGCAAAAAAGAUGGUGAUUGUUUUUAUGGCUAAUGGCUUUUCUGAAGUUGUUUGGUUAUUAUUGGAUUAUUACCUGAGAUAUUCUCUGGGUGUUGUAAGUUGCAUUAUGGUCCAACUUCUUUUUAUAUUCCUUUGUUGAGUUCGUUUUGGAUAAUUUAUGAGAUAUUUGAGACAGGAAAUUGGAUUGAUCUGAGAUAUUUGUUUUAGAGAGUGAAUAAUAGAAUUGGAAAUCAGAGCGAGCAAAGGAAUCAAUCAGGUUGGCUAAGUUUCACAACCAACAAGAAGGCAAAAGGGAGGAGACAACAGAGAAGAGGAACAAACCUUGCAGGAACUCAAGUCUACUCUCAAAGAUGAUGCAGUCAGAAGUGAGUAAAUUACCAUUUCUUAAAUUCACCUUGGUCAGCCUUAUUUUUUCAGCCAAUAAUGGACCGCGAUGGCAUAGGGAGAUGAGAGGAGAGCAAAGCAGAGCUUGGUGCCUGGGUUGGUCAAACAUUUGCCGGAGCUAAAAGCAAUAAGUCUGGUGGAAGGAAGGCUUGAAUUUGGUAUUCAAAGAGGAGAGGAGAGCAAUGGUUGAAUCUUUUAUAAGGAAGUUAGCAGAUUAUAGUUCUCCUCCCUUAAUGAUAAUAUUUUGCUACCGGUGAAUUUAGUUUGCCUGCCUUAAGAUGAUAGGCAAUUUACUGCCGUCUAUGAUAAUGGUGUGAACUGUUAUUGUGUUUGGUGGGUGAUCUGUUGAGAUAACCUUAAGUUGUCUCUUUGUUUCUCUCUUUUUAUUCUUAGCUGAUUACACUGUUUCCAUUUUUUAGGGUUGUUUAUAAGUGACUGCUUUGUUUUGUGGUGAUUUUAACUUUUAUUGUGCUCUGUUGAUAAUCUGAAAAUAAGAAAAGUUGAGUCCUUUC